AUGGCAGAAUAAGGUAGAUAUAGUAAAUUAAGUGAAGAGGAAGCUGCGGCUCAAUUCGAAUUAAGGUACAUAUCCUAAUUUACUUAAGAAAAUAAUAGUUAUUGGGUAAUUUGUAGGAACAAUACCAAAAUGCAAAUACUUAAAAGAAUAAAAAGCAAUCCAAAUAAUAAUAACAAUAGUCCAAUCAACAAGAAUUCAUUGUUUUUAAUCCUACUAAAAAGCAAUCAUCUUAACCAUCUCAAAAGCCAUCUAAAAAAUUAUAGUUUGUUAAAGAAGAAUUACCAAUGCGAAAUUCAACUCCACCUCCAGAAUAAGAAAUCGAAUAUCAAAUCUAAUAGCCUGUUGAACCAAUUCCUCUUGAAUAAUCUCCUUUAAUUGAUAAGCCACAAAAGCCUAGUAUCAAAAAGAUGUUGCUUAGAGAUAUAGGUAAUUUGGAUCUAGAAAUUUAAAGAUUAACUAGAGAAACUAAAGACUUUUAAAAUGAGAAAUUAUUAAAUAAAUCUUAAUUGUCUUAACAACCAAGAAAUCUUAAAGAAUCAGUUACGAAAUCUAAUUCAAGACCCAGCUCAUCAUAGCAAUAAUAAUCAAAAGCAUACUUUGAAUUAAGAUAGAGACCUUCAAGUAAAGAAUCUCGGAUUUCUGAUGCUUCUUACACUAAAAAGGCUGAGUGUUUCAAAGGAGUCAUAAGAAGCUCCAGUUUGAAGAAACUACCUCAACCUCCCAAGACACAAUACAAUUUUUUACAGUUAAGGAGUGCAUCCGAAAAGAAAAUCAAUCAAUCAAUCAACAAGACAAAUACAGUUGAAUCUGAAAAUAAAGAUGUGACUAACAAAAUUGUAUAAAGUGAAAGAAAAAUACCUAAACCUAUUAUCUAAAUUAAUAGAAGUCAAUCUAAAUAAGAUACUCCAACCUAUGAAAAGAAAUAGAGUACUCCUGUUAAAUCUAUUUUGAAAGUCCAAUUUAAUUCAAUUCCUGUGGAGUGUAGUUCUACAAAAAAUAAUAGCACUUCUUAUGUAAAUUCAUCCAUUUAUUUAGUUCCAUUAGCAUAAAGAAUCAUACAAUAGUUAGAUAAGUUUUUCUAAAAAUAAAUGCGUCGAGGCCUAGAUUGAAGAAGCAGUGUAAUUGUACAACAAUCUUAAAUCUUUGAUGCAAAAUAAAACUAGUGUUCUAUAAGUCAGAAAGGAUGGAAAUCUAAUCCCCAGAAAAACUGCAGACUUUUUUGUAUUUAUUAUUAUUUAUCUAGUACCAUAAAGAAAUGUAGAAACCCACUUUAUACUGA